ACCUCCUCCUCCUCGUACACCCCCCUUUCCAACAUCCGCGCGUUUACUCUCAAGCUCACACACACAUACACAGACGUACACACAUACAAAGCAAGAGAGAGAGAGAGAGCAGCGCGUUAAGGUCGUUUAAAGUGGAUUUGUGUUAUCAGGAGCGCUUCUUCUCCAACCAUGGAAGAGCUCACAGCGUUCGUGUCGAAAUCCUUCGACCAGAAGAGCAAGGAGAGCAGCAAAGAGAGCAUCACGUACAGGGAAGUUUUGGAGAGCGGUUUGGCGCGGGCCAGGGAGCUAGGAAACUCGGAGAGCAGCCUACAGGACAUUACCGAUAGCAACACGCACUGUCCCGUGCAUAUAUUCAAGGAACACGUGGAGCUGGACAAGGACAAGCUGAAGGAGUUUAACGUAGGCAGGGCGAGCGACGGGAUUUAUGAAUGCAAAGAAAAGAAAGAAGAGGUGAAAUCGGAGGACGAGGACGCCCAGGGUAAACUGAAACAGAGACGGAGCAGGACAAAUUUUACCUUAGAGCAACUGAAUGAACUGGAGCGCUUGUUUGAUGAGACACAUUACCCGGACGCGUUCAUGCGAGAAGAGCUGAGCCAAAGACUGGGACUCUCCGAGGCCAGGGUUCAGGUAUGGUUUCAAAACAGAAGAGCAAAAUGCAGAAAACAAGAAAAUCAGAUGCACAAAGGUGUGAUUUUGGGCUCCGCUAGUCACUUGGACGCAUGCAGAGUCGCUCCCUACGUUAACAUGGGCGCCCUGAGAAUGCCAUUUCAACAGGUCCAAGCGCAGCUCCAGCUGGAGGGGGUGACCCACUCACAUCCUCACCUACACCCCCACCUGGCAGCACAUGCACCCUACCUGAUGUUCCCUCCUCCACCGUUCGGACUACCAAUCGCCUCACUGGCAGACUCAGCCUCGGCAGCGGCUGCUGUAGCAGCGGCUGCCAAGAGCAACAGCAAGAACUCCAGCAUCGCUGACCUGCGACUCAAGGCAGGACUGCUUGGAGGCCACUGGCUCAGCCCUUUCCAGGCCCAGAUCACAGCCCCAGGACCAUACAAAAAUAUCUGGAUGUCUGUCUGAAACCCAGCGAUUAAGAGUGGCGACUCUUAAAAAAUGAGCAAAGCAAAAGGCAGACUCAGAGUGACAGAGGGAAGCUAGAGCUUGGUCUGUAAUCUCAGAAUGAGAGCCUCAAUACUCGAAAGUUUGGAUUGUCAGCCACACACAGAGAAAAAAAGCAACGACCAUAUUUGUCUCCACCCACUGUGUUUGUGCUGCUGCCAAGAGCAUGUGUUAAAAUGAAGGAUAUUUCUAAUGGGGAGGGCCUCCAUUGUAACUGACAUUCACCCUGCUAUGACAACCUUCCAUCAUAUUACCACGCACCUAGUUUAUAUAUAGGUUUUAUUUUUUAAAUCCACAAUGGACAGAGAUCGAAAGCAGCACUCACACCAAGAGUACAAUCAUGAAAAUUGAAUUUCUCUUGCUUAUUCUUACAGUUUUUUGAAGGAAACGCUAUACAUAGUAAAUAAAAAUUUAAGUGCUGUAUAUUUCCUCUGGGCAUGGGUUUGAAGGACUUCAGCUUUCAUAGCUUUCAUUUUCUAUCAUUUUGGCUCUCUCUUUUUUUUUUGCUACGUGUAUUGGGAAUAGAAGUGAAACUAGCUUUUGCACUUCAGGUCUUGUAUCAAGGAGUUUACAAUCCUUAAUGCAAGAAAUACUACUUCUAUAUGAGGGCAAAAUUGGGGUUUUGUCAAAAUAUAUUGAAAUGACAAAAUAAUAAAAGGGUCACUGCAAUUUAAGGUAUUAAGGAAACAUCAGUUUAACUGAAAUGCAAUUAUGUGCAGUUAAGUGCAAUACUGUAAAUAUGAAAAAAAAAAUAGCAGUUGAUGUUUGCUAAUAAACAAACAACAAUUUUUUGGCACUGA